AUGGUCUGCCCCGUCUGCCAGAAGCCCUUCAAGCACCUGUCGGAGCUGUCGCGGCACGAGCGCAUCCACACGGGCGAGAAGCCGUACAAGUGCACGCUGUGUGACAAGAGCUUCAGCCAGUCGUCCCACCUCGUGCACCACAAGCGCACGCACAGCUCCGAGCGGCCCUACAAGUGCGCCGUGUGCGAGAAGACCUUCAAGCACCGCUCGCACCUGGUGCGCCACAUGUACGCGCACUCGGGCGAGCACCACCUGUUCCGCUGCAACGUGUGCGAGCUGCACUUCAAGGAGUCGUCGGAGCUGCUGCAGCACCCGUGCACGCCCAGCGGCGAGCGGCCCUUCCGCUGCGGCGAGUGCCAGAAGGCCUUCAAGCGGCCCUCGGACCUGCGGCAGCACGAGCGCACGCACAGCGCCGAGCGGCCCUUCAAGUGCGACCUGUGUCCCAUGGGCUUCAAGCAGCAGUACGCGCUCAUGCGGCACCGGCGCACGCACAAGACCGAGGAGCCCUUCAAGUGCGGCCUGUGCGAGAAGGGCUUCGGGCAGCCCAGCCACCUGCUCUACCACCAGCACGUGCACACCCUCGAGACCCUUUUCAAGUGCCCCGUGUGCCAGAAGGGCUUCGACCAGUCGGCCGAGCUGCUGCGGCACAAGUGCCUGCCGAGCGCCCCCGAGCGGCCCUUCAAGUGCUCGGUGUGCAACAAGGCCUACAAGCGGGCGUCGGCCCUGCAGAAGCACCAGCUGGCCCACUGCUCCCCGGCCGAGAAACCCCUGCGCUGCACCCUGUGCGAGCGCCGCUUCUUCUCGUCCUCGGAGUUCGUGCAGCACCGCUGCGACCCAGCCCGCGACAAGCCGCUCAAGUGUCCGGACUGCGAAAAGCGCUUCAAGUACGCGUCCGACCUGCAGCGGCACCGGAUACCUGGGACCCUCAGAAAUGGCCCUGCAGCCCUGGGUCGCCAGGACGAGCAGGUCAUGGAUGGUCAGAAGCCACUUGCUCAGCCCCAGUGGAAAACCAGCGCCUGCCGAGAGUAG